GUGGGAAUCUACACAUGGUGGUACCCACACCUGACGCAAAACGUUCUAUUCAAAGCCCAAAACACAAAGAGCAUCAUACACAAAACAGCACAGAAGAUUUUGGUGUCAUUUUCCGCGCUUGAUUAGUGAGCUUUUGUAAUAAUUUCAGCCCCUCUGGCCAUCUAUACCAACUACGUAAGGGUUCCCACGAUUCCUUUGCCAUGAAUGACGGACGCAGUAUCCGGUUUAAACACUACUACCGCCCUACCCAUCCAGUCAGACUGCCAGUAAGUGGCUCGAGAGUGUCAUUAUGCGUGAUUGGAGUGGUAGUGUCCAUGGAGGUCACCACACCCACUCCAGAGGCCACCACCGAGGAUACCAGUGGACGGCUUUUGUCAUUACCCGUGGCUGAAAAAUGUGCCAAGAGACCAGUCCACUUCACCCAUGAUGGCCAUAACUACUUCUACUCGGGCAACGAGACUGAAUUCAAAGACAUGAAGCUCAACUGGUUGGAUGCCCGAAACAUUUGCCGAGAAUACUGCAUGGACUUGGUGUCGUUGGAAUCUCCUUCCGAGGACCAAAUGGUCAACGAAUACAUCAACAAAAGUGACCUUGCCUACAUUUGGACCUCCGGUCGUUUGUGUAAUUUCAAAGGCUGCGACCGCGAGGAUCUCCAGCCAACUCGAAUCAACGGAUGGUUUUGGUCUGGAUCUGGUGUGAAAAUGGCCCCCACUGACAAGGCUCCUCCCGGUUGGAGUUAUCAACCAUGGUCCUUCACCGGUCACAACAGCAAAAUCAAUGGCUCCGUCCUCAUUCCCCAGCCCGAUAACGCCGAAUUCGAUAUCAACCAAUCCGUUGAGGCUUGCAUGGGCAUUUUGAACAACGUGUACGACGAUGGCAUCAAAUGGCACGACAUUGCUUGCUAUCACACUAAGCCUUUUGUGUGCGAGGAUUCUGAACAACUCUUGGACUAUGCUCGCGCCAGUUUCCCCGAAACCAAUAUUUUCUAACUUAUUUGACUUAUUAAUAUAUUUGACUUUAUUUGA